AUGGAGAAUGAUAAAAGAGGCCAAGGCUACACUUCAGCCCCAGCUUCCCAUGGCCCAGCUCCCUAUGGCCCAGCUCCCCAUGGGCCAGCUCCCUAUGGCCCAGCUCCCCAUGGCCCAGCUCCUCAUGGACCGGCUCCCCAUGGACCGGCUCCCCAUGGACCAGCUCCCUAUGGCCCAGCUCCCCAUGGACCAGCUCCUCAUGGACCGGCUCCCCAUGGACCAGCUCCCCAUGGACCAGCUCCUUAUGCAUGCUACAGUGAAGCCCCAGCGCCUGCUCCGAAACCAAGAGUUGUGACCACUGCAAGCAUAAAGCCCUCGGUCUAUCAGCCAGCAGCUCCAGCACCUGCCCCACCAUCGGUGUCCACACAUACCUAUAUUCCAAGCCAAGCUGAGCCUUCAAGUCGUCCCCCCUGGGUGACAGAUGACUCCUUCUCCCAAAAGUUUGCUCCUGGGAAAAGUACAACCACUGUCACAAAGCACAUUCUGCCCAAGGGUGCUCCGGUGCCUCCAUCUUCUGCAGCACCUCCCCCAAUUCCUGCAUCCAUCCAGGCUCCUGCUAUCGCACGGGGGACAAUCCAAAGAGCAGAACGCUUCCCCGCCAGUAGCCGAACUCCACUCUGUGGACAUUGUAACAGCAUCAUCAGAGGGCCCUUCUUGGUAGCCAUGGGUCGCUCUUGGCAUCCUGAGGAAUUCUACUGUGCUUAUUGCAAGGCUUCUCUGGCUGAUGUGGGCUUUGUGGAAGAACAAAACAGUGUCUACUGUGAGCAUUGCUACGAACAGUUCUUUGCCCCGACCUGUGCCAGAUGCCAUAUCAAGAUCAUGGGGGAAGUGAUGCAUGCUUUGAGGCAAACUUGGCACACCACUUGCUUUGUCUGUGCCGCCUGUCGGAAGCCGUUUGGAAACAGCCUCUUCCACAUGGAGGAUGGAGAACCCUACUGUGAGAAAGACUAUGUUGCCUUAUUCAGUACCAAAUGUCACGGAUGCGACUUCCCCGUUGAGGCUGGAGACAAAUUCAUCGAGGCCCUUGGUCACACCUGGCAUGAUACAUGCUUCAUUUGUGCUGUCUGCCAUGUCAAUUUGGAAGGUCAACCGUUUUAUUCGAAGAAAGAUAAGCCUUUGUGCAAGAAACACGCCCAUGCCAUCAACGUCUAAAGAAAAAUCCGGAAGGGAAUAAUGAAGCAAAAAAGGGUGGAGGUUGAUUCAACAGAUUAAAUAUAGAUCACUAUGGAUUUCUGAGGAUAGG